AUGGAUGAUGGUGCCGCCGCCUGGGAUCUGAACGUCAUCUCCGAGGAAGACUUUGACCAGCUGGCAGUGUACCAGGUGCAGGACAAGUCCACCGAGGAGAUCGAAGCCGUCGUCAAGACUUCGCCCACUCUCAGUCGCGCCGAGGCCAGUCUGCCGCGUAAUCUCAUCCUCAAACCGUCGCGGGAAAAGCAUACUGAUGUUCUUGGUGUUUGGAGCACCGAUUACAUACCCCGAGGCACACGCUUUGGUCCCCUGGUUGGGCAAGUGUAUGCCCGGGAUGGCGUGCCGGAGGAGGCGUCGCGCAAGUACUUCUGGCGCAUCUACACCGGCGCCGCCGAGUACCACUACGUGGACGGCGCCGACGCCGACAAGUCGAAUUGGAUGCGCUACGUCAACCCUGCCUACUCGGCGGGCACGCAGAAUCUGGUCGCUUGUCAGGUGCGGGAAGCAAUUUAUUUCUACACUAUUCGCCCGAUUCGCCCCAACACGCAGCUCCUCGUCUGGUACUGUCGCGAGUUUGCCCACCGCCUCAACUACCCUCUCAGCGGACAGCUGAUGCUCCAGCAGAUUCGUAAGUGAAUUCAGUUUGAAGAACAAACCGCCACCUCGGUGCCGCUGUUCAACAAUCGAAAGCGCGACAGCGAACAGUUUGAACGCAGUACCUCAGUGCUGCCCAAGAAACGCCUCAGUAUGAAACGAAACAGUUCAACAGCAGUGGCGCACUUCACUGACGACGAUGAGUCAGGGAUGGACACGAAGGUGUACGUCGACAAGGCGUUAAAUCACAUACUGAAAGAGUUAAAGCAGAAGAAUGAAAGUUCGGUUGCAGAAAAGGUUAAAAAGGAAGAGGAGGAGGAAGAGGAGGAAGAUGAUGCCAAAGAAGAGGAUGUGGACGAUUCGGCUGACUUUGUGCUCGAUCUCAGCUCCUCAGUGCGCAGAAGGUCACAGGAAGGCGCAAAACCAAGUGAACUGCGUCGUCCAUCCACGCAGAUGUCAUCGGGAUCAGCGAGCAAUCACUGCUUUGAGGGCAGCGCCACCGAAGCCUCCACAGCCGACUCGAGCAAUGAGUUUCGCCGUGUGAAGAUUAAGAUGCCCAAACGAAUUCACGCGGAGCGAGUGGCCAUUGCUGCUGCUGCGGCAGCCGCUGCCGCUGCUAUGGCCAACAAUGGCAACAAUAGCAAUGGCAACACUACCAAACAGUCGCCCAUUCACCGGUCAGUGAUCGUGGAGAACGUGAUGCAGUCGCCCGACAAGGAGCUGGCGCUGGUCAAGUCGCCCACUACGCUGAGCACCGCCGCCCACCUGCUGUCCACCAGUCCGGUGAAGGCCUGCUCGGCGCCCUCGAUGGAGCCUGGAGAGUGUGCAGAGGAGGUGGCCGGUGGAGCUGGAACAACCACAACCACCACCACCACCACUUCUGACAGUCCACAGGCGAAAAGUCCGGGCAAGUCAAAGUCGCAGCAGCAGCUAGCCAACAAUGGCACCACUGCAACGCCGCACUACCCGACGCACUUUAAGAAGCACUUUGGACAGCGAUUUGGCGCCAGCAAUCAAACUGAAAGUUCGCCUUCCGCUUCUCAGCCGGCCUCCAGUGGCAAUAAUACUGCUUCCUCAAAGCAGAACAGCAGCACCUCUUCAGGUGGUGAUCACUCACCGAACAGCAGUAAGGGCAACAGCAAGAGCGAUCAUAAGGACUCGGCUAAGAACGGCUCCUCAUCAGCGAUGGCCGCCGCCGGCACCACUGUGCUCAGUCCCUCCUACAACGGCGGUGGCAACUCUUCAAAGAAUGGCACCGCCAACAACCCCAGCAACAACAGCUUUCUCUACGUCAACAACGGCAUGACGCCGCUCUUCUCCACUGGCCACUUUGACAUCGGCUUCCGCUCACCACCACCCCCAUCACCCUCAUCACCCACAUCACCCUCACCACGGCAGUCUUUCUUCUCAUCACAAUCAACAGCAGCAGCAGGUGGCUCACAGCAGCAGCAGCAGCAGCAGCAGUCUCAGCCUCAAUCUCCCCGCAAUGUACUGAAGAACUCGCUGUACAACACCAACUCACUGAAUGGAGGUCGAAGCAGCGGUGGCGGACUGACACUGCCCUCUGCCUCCAUCUCACCGCCUUCGCCCGCCUCCUCGGUGGCCUCCUCCGUCACUGACAUGCUGCGCAUCAACGUCGACCCUGAGCUGUGCUUCGGCAAUGGCCACCACCACCACCACCAGCACUCGGAGAACGUCAGCCCGAACGGCAGCGCCACUUCGGGCACCUCUCGCGGUUACCGCUCCUUGCCGUAUCCCCUGAAGAAGAAGGACGGGAAGAUGCACUACGAGUGCAACGUUUGCAUGAAGACCUUCGGCCAGCUGUCCAACCUGAAAGUGCACCUGCGCACCCACUCCGGCGAGCGGCCCUUCAAGUGCAACGUCUGCGAUAAGAGCUUCACCCAGCUGGCCCACCUGCAGAAGCACCACCUGGUGCACACCGGGGAGAAGCCCCACCAGUGCGAGGUCUGCAAAAAGCGCUUCAGCUCCACCAGCAACCUCAAGACGCACCUGCGCCUGCACUCCGGCCAGAAACCGUACGCCUGCGACCUCUGUCCGGCCAAGUUCACCCAAUUCGUCCACCUGAAGCUGCACAAGCGGCUGCACACCAACGAGCGCCCCUACACCUGUCAGACGUGCGGCAAGCGGUACAUCUCCGCCUCGGGGCUGCGCACCCACUGGAAGACCACCAACUGCCAGCCGAAUGCCGUCCAGAGCGACCUCAUCGAGAUGGAGCUGUCGAGGGCGGCGGCGGCGGCCGCCGUCAACGGACUGCCCAGCCUGCGCGGCUCAGACGACUACGUCGACGUCGAUGACCUGGAGAAUGACAUCGACGACCUGGCGGACAUUGAACACCAGCCCAUCGACGACGAGCUGAUGGCGCAGAUUGAGGUGGGCGUGCGAACGGCCAUUGUCGACCACCACGGUGGCGGGGGCGGGGGUGGCAAACAUCACAACGGCGGCCACCACCACCACCACAGUCGUGGAGAUAGACACAACCGUCGGCUGCGUGGCCUCUCUGGCGGCUCACUGGACGACUACGAGGACGAUGAGGAAGAGGAAGAGGAGGAAGAGGAGGACGAAGAUGAUGAGUUCAACGAGUACGAGGUGGACAGCUUGGCGAUGGAGAUUAAGAACAACCCAGGGCUGAAAAGUGAGCUCAUGUUUGGCCUGAAACAGAAACAGCAGGGAAAGCAGAAGGAGUACAAGUCGCCGAAGAAGUCCGCAGGUCUGUUGUUGCUGAACGGUGGCAAAGAGGACCACCGGGUCGCCGCCCUCCCCUCUGGCGACAACAACAACAACAAUGAAAAGGAGGAGGUCGCCAAGGUGGUGAAGGAGAUGAUGGCCGAGGAGAUGAUCAUGCCAAAGAAAGCCUUCGUGCUGAAGUACGAAAGCGAGGAGGCGGAAGAGGAGCUGCGCAACAUCAAGAAGGAGAAGGAGAAGGCGGCGGCCAUUGCCGCAGCAGUUGCCGUUGCCGAUGCCGUCAAGCAGGAGGAGGAGGAGGCGGCGGAGAGUAAGCAGAGUAAGCGAGCCUCGCCUUCUAGCCUUCGAGAGGACCAGUUCAGUCGCGUCUUCAGCCCUCGACCGGGCGCCACCGGGAACUGCGGCAGCUCUGCGAGCGCCAACCCGGCGGGCAGCGCCAGCGCCUGGCUCAACUCGGCGGCCGCCAUCACCGCCAACUUCAACGGCAGCUCACUCUCCGGACCUCACGGACCUUCCUCCGCCAAGCACCUCACCAUUCUCAAUCACGCCUAA